AGAACAAUCUAACGCUUUCUCGCACCUCCUCCUCCUCUUGUCUCUCCCUGAAGCAAACAAAUAUGAGUAGCAGCAAAUGGAAUCGUACGAUCUACGUUGGGAACUUGCCUGGUGAUAUUCGCAUGCGAGAGGUUGAAGAUCUCUUCUACAAGUAUGGACCCAUUGUGGAUAUUGAUUUGAAGAUUCCUCCGAGACCUCCUGGUUAUGCAUUUGUCGAGUUUGAAGAUCCUCGUGAUGCAGAUGAUGCUAUUUAUGGACGAGAUGGGUAUGAUUUUGAUGGGUGUCGACUUCGGGUUGAGAUUGCACAUGGGGGUCGUAGAGGUUCAUCAUCGGUGGAUAGGUACAGCAGUAGCUACAGUGGGAGCCGUGCACCUUCUAGACGAUCCGACUAUCGUGUGCUUGUCACGGGAUUGCCGCCAUCUGCUUCCUGGCAGGAUCUUAAGGAUCACAUGCGCAAAGCUGGAGAUGUUACCUUUUCUGAAGUUUUUCGCGACCGUGGAGGCAUGUCUGGGGUUGUGGAUUAUAGCAACUAUGAUGAUAUGAAGUACGCGAUAAGGAAGCUCGAUGACUCUGAGUUUCGAAAUGCUUUCUCCAGAGCUUAUAUACGGGUGAGAGAAUACGAGUCAAGGAGUGUGAGUCGCAGCCCAUACUAUUCAAGAAGCUACAGAAGCAGGAGUCGAAGCCGUAGUAGAAGCUAUAGCUAUAGUAGCAGAAGUGUGUCGCCUGCUAGAUCUGUUCGUUCUCGAACUCCUCUUUCUCGUUCUCCAACGCCCUAUAGCUCAGUCUCAAGGUAUGGCUAUUUCAUUUAUACCAUUAUUACAGUUUGUAUCUUUCAAUGCAUGAGGUGUUAGUUUUCUUGCAUUUUGGAUUCACUUGACCACUUACAACAAAGUAACUUCUUUGUUUUAAUUUUUUGACCCUCUUCUCCCGCCUAGUUAUAUGUUUGGUGGGACUAGUCUUCCCAUUAACUAUAUUACCUGAUGAUUAACCUAUUUUGAAGUUUCCUAUUCACAUAAACUAUGGUAUGGAGGGAAUUUGCUUCAUCUCUUGGGUUCCAGAGUUCCACUUCAGUUCUUACAACUCUCACUUUCUUUUUGGAUGUUUCAAAUUCUUGAGAGAGCUUCUCCCGUGAUUUCUAACCAAAUGUCAUGUUGCAGUCAGCCAUUAGUCUAAUUCUGUUUUCUGGAAUGAUCUCGUGUGUCUUUUCUCUUCUUUUAGAUGUUUUCCUUCAGAAAUAGCUUUACUUCUCAGCUUUGCUAAGUAACAGUGAAUUUAAAACUGGAUCUACUCUACCUUAUCUGAAUCCGUCUGUUUAAUAAUUUUGUGGGAACUCAGCUAUAGGUUCUCUUUUGUGAAAAUUUGUUUACCAACGGAAGGGCAAAGCUAUGAAUCUGGCUUCUGAAACUCUGUCCUUGAUAAUAUACUGUGAUAUCAAUUGCAUUGCCUUGUUUGUUUUCUAGAUCUGGCUCACUGCGGCGAGCUGGGGACUGGAUCUUAGGGACUUGAUGGGUCAUGUAGAUGGAUCCUAGGACUCACCGCGUAUCAGAGCUCGCAACAUUUGGACUAUGAGUCCUCUGUUCCCUAACGUUUCUCUUUGUUGUCCAUGCUAGAAUCUAUGUUUAGUUCAUUUCUAAGGCAACUACACUUAAAAUCUCGAGAUCAGAUUGAAGAUGCUCAGUAAAAAAAAAUUGCUUUGUCACGAUGCCGCACUUACAAGUUUUUUUUUUGCUUUUUUGUCUUACUGCAGGUCCCGGUCAAGAUCGAGAUCAAAGUCUCCAGUUUCACCAGUGAGGUCUGACUGAAAAGGAGAACUGGUGACCGGGAGUAGAGGACCGCCGUAUCCAAAGUGACACAUGCUUCUCAUGGUCCACUCGUAGUAUUAUAAUAAUUUGAUUUGGAUUUGAGUUAUACCUCGAAUGAACGGAUUAAUAAUAUGUCUUGCUAUUCUGAAACUUUUAGUUGGUCUGUUUUUGUGUCAUUUUGCAAUGAACCGAACCUCUAAACGUUUGUAUCGUUUAUUUAGCGUUUGAUAAUCUUAAAUAUAAACGCCUACAAGGCUAGAAGCCUA